AUGGCACUUUGCUGCUCCGCUGAGAUGGUGCGAAGGGUCGUGAGGGAAGAGAAAUGGAAGAAGGAAAAGUCAGUACCGAGGGAAACGGAGAAUACGGUAUGCUCCCUCCGGCCCGUCAUCAACCGCAGCUGUGUGCUGAUCAAAUUAGUGUACCCAAGCUUCUGCUCUUUGGACCCCGUCACCACCGGCUCUCUCAAGGGCGAUACAGCAUUCGAUGUCGGCUUUACCAACAAAUACGACGUCCUAGCGAUCUACCAGACCCCUCACGGCCGCCCACCGGCACACUCCCAGCUCCCCAUCUUAGUCCUCCACCAGCGCUUCCUCCGCGCCGGCGUGAUCAAGGACCUCGCUAAAGGCAAAGACUCUGACGAUGUCAUUGUCCACAGUAUACUCGUCGACCAGGCGACGACAGCUCUGCUCAGGCGGUCGCAAGGGAUCAAGGAGUGCUCAGAGUGGAUGAAGACUUACGCGCGACCCUGCGCCUUCUCCGGCUGCGACAAACUCUUCUCCCAUAUCGAUAUCGCCUCCAAGCCCCCCGCCCGGCCCACCCACACAUACACCAAAGGCCACCCUUCACUCUACAUCUGCCUCUCCGCCCCUCCGACCGGCGCCCGCUUCUUCUCGCCAGGCUUCCCCGAAUCGGCCCUUCAGGUCUAUCCGGGCGACGCGGUGCUCUGCCAGUCACUGGCGGACGAGGUAUUCCAUAUCGGGCCUAAGAAGGCGGUUUUCCUCUGCCUGUACGGUGAUCACGCGUCGGACAAGCCACCUCCGCUUCACCUCCGCAAGCGAAGCUCCUUCUUCCCCUACCCUCAGCCGGCGUUGGUCUGGAACGAAGGCGCGGACACCGCUCUCGACGCGGCUCAUACGGUCCCCGUCGCUGGUAAGGCGGAGCCAUCCCCAGGGUCGACCUCGAUCGUCGCACUCGCCCAUUACUCGGAGUUUGCUGAGUUCGACCCCAUCGAUCACGUACACGCCCCUCCGGUCUCAGCCAAGGCGAAGGCUCCCCGUCGGUCGAAUACAAAGUCAUCCGUCUCAGCUACCACGGACGCUGCAUCGUCGUCGUAUCGACCAACCGAUCCUCCAUCCCAGCCUGAUACUUCGGUUCCGGACUGGGCGAUGCACGAGCAAGCGGGCCGGCUGGGAUGGCAGGACCUUCGGGCCCAGUCCACCCGAAAGUCCACCACUCGAACUGCUAUACCUCCUCCGACGAUAGCGGCGGGAUUCUUCCUGGCGGACAGUCGCCAGGCUCUCUUCAAGGCUCUGGAGAAGAAGAAGGAGGGGGGUGGCGGGUCAGGCAGUGGGCAGGGGAGGGUCACUCACCUCGGGGAGAUUGUAUCAGGCCCAUCGAGGGCUGUAAAGGGAUGGGAUGCGCCUUCAAUGUCGGCGGUCGAGAUGAAGAGAGGGUCAAAGGACAUGGAGACGAAGGGCAAAGAAAAGAAGGGCAAAGAGACGACAGGGAAGCAGAGGAAGGGGAAAGACACGACCGGGCCGAAGGAGAAGAAGGCAAGGAAGGUUCUGGGUCCCAAGCUGCCGAAUAAUGGCCAGCACGCUGUGGGGAGCGAGGCGGCUUCACCGAGUGGGAAGGCGGCGCGCGUGACAGGGGAGGGAUCGGUAUAA